ACGCAAUGGACGCUCUUUCCGCGGCUCUGCAGCCUUACAAGGAACUGGUCGGUAAUGUGGCCGGCAUCGUAACCGUGAUGCAGAUGUUCAGCGGAUGUUUCGUGUGCAACGACAUCCGCCAAAAGGGCAGCUCGGACGGAUUCUCCCCGAUGCCAUUCAUCGGUGGUUGUGGGUUAACCAUUCUUUUCCUGCAGCACGCCCUGCUGAUGGGUGAUCCGGCCAUGACGCGGGCGAACUUGGUUGGGUUUGCGAUCAGUCUCGUUUACACUGUGUUUUACUACUUCUACACUCCAAAAGCUAGUCGAGGAGAGUUUUGGAAGCAGGUUGGCAUGUCUGGUGCAAUGGUUGUGUCGUUGAUGGUCUACGCGCGAUUGGAAGAUCCGGCACUGGUCGAGGAUCGGUUCGGUAUGAUCGUAACCGUACUGCUGUUGAUGCUGAUUGCGCAACCAUUGUUUGGGCUGCCGGAAAUUAUGCGUAAAAAAAGCACCGAGGGUUUACCUUUUGCAAUGAUUUUGUCCGGUACGGUAGUCGGAUGCAUGUGGUUGCUGUAUGGGAUUAUACUGAAUAACACCUUUGUGAUACUACAAAACUUCACGGGGCUUGUCCUGAGUGCAGUGCAGCUAGCGCUGUUUGUGAUAUAUCCCUCGAAGGGCGCGAAGAAAAAGAAGCAGUAACUAAAUUCUUGGUUUCAAACACUAAAGUUUUUUAACUAGAUUUUUGUACACUGUAGUUUAAAGUCUAUAGAACGGUUUUAGGCAUAGCGCAAGUUUUGGAUGUGUAUCACUUACACAUUCAGUCCUGUAGUAUUGUACCUAGAUACUUGUAUUCGCCAUAUGAAUUUCCUCAUACACUAUGUUAGUAUAAAUCAAUCCAAUACGGUUUGUAAAUAAACACGUUGAAAAUAAAA